CUCUAACACUCUCUCUCUCUAGAAGACUCUUCCAGCACCAUUAUAAAUUAGAUACCCACUGUUGUAGCUUUAUUGUUCAAACCAACCUUUUAUCUCCUCCCCUCUCCUCUCCUCUCAUUUCCUUUUACAAGUCUUUGAUUACUCACCUUUCUAUAUACGUAUAUAUACAUAUAUAUAUAUAUAUAUACAGUAUUGCAGCUAUGGCGGCUAUUUACAGAGUAUUGCUGCCUAUGAUGAUGAUGAUGAUGAUUAUCUUUGCUACUUUCUCCAACACUGCUUUCGCAGAUCCUGAUUCGCUUCAAGACGUUUGUGUUGCCGAUCUCACUUCUGCUGUGAAGGUGAAUGGAUUUGUCUGCAAAGCAAACGCUAGUGCUGAAGAUUUCUACUCUGACAUUCUGGCUAAGCCAGGGCUCACAAACAACUCAAUGGGUGGACUGGUGACGAACGCCAAUGUCCUAAGAAUCCCAGGCCUCAACACCCUGGGGGUGUCCCUGGCCCGGAUUGACUUCGCCCCGGGCGGCAUAAACCCGCCUCACACCCACCCACGCGCCACCGAGCUGGUGUUCGUGCUCUACGGCGAAUUGGAUGUGGGAUUCAUAACCACAGCCAAUGUCCUCAUUCCCAGGCACAUCAAGCAGGGCGACAUUUUCACCUUCCCCAAAGGUCUAGUCCACUUCCAGAAGAACAAUGGCAAGGUUCCCGCCGCCGUCAUCUCUGCCUUCAACAGCCAGCUGCCCGGCACCCAGUCCAUCGCCAUGACCCUGUUCGGCGCCACGCCGCCUGUGCCGGACAAUGUGUUGACAAAGGCAUUCCAGGUUGGUACCAAGGAGGUUAAGAAAAUUAAGUCAAGGUUUGCACCCAAGUAGACCAUUGCUACGUGUACUGGUGACAAACAUGUUGUUGUUGUUGUUGUCCAUCUGAUUGGUGGGUAGGCAUAAGGAUUUAAUUUGUUUGGGAGCCCAGAAAAUGUUGUAACCUAUGUGUGAGAUUAUUGUUUCUUCUAAUUAUCCCUGAAUAAAAUUUUAGUUUUCAAAA